UAAGUCAGGCUUUAAGCUUCUCUGUGUCUGGAUGUGGUGUUGAGUAACAUGUUUAUUACAGAGUGCGUAUGAGAACCGAAAGAGAAGAGCGUCAAAUACAGGGCGACCUGUGGAAGAGCCAGCGGGCCUGUGAGCAGCUCGACAGCCAGAAGGGCAUCACUGUUCCCAGAGACAGCUGGUACUGGCCUGAAGCUGUGAAAGAGGAAGAGGAAGAGCUUCUGGAGGAAGAAACCAAAUCAGAGGGAAGUGACGACGAGGAGGAGGAGCUAACCCCUUUAGACAAGCUGCAGUUUCUCACCUCGUAUCUGCGAGGAUUUCAUGUUUACUGCAUAUGGUGUGGGACGGCAUUUAAUGAUGAGGAGGAUUUGAGCUCGAACUGUCCUGGAGACACCGCAGCAGAUCAUGACGACUAGAGCCACCUGGAAUCAUCCGGAGCACUUGUUUUUAAUUUGCUUCUCAUGUUUCUGCAUAGCUGUGUUUAAUAUUUAUGUUCUCAUAUUCGUUCAUUAAAUGUUGCAUUGAUUGUUUUAUUAGAAUUGUGUGUAGAAUGGUUUUAUAUCAGUAUUGAACCUGAUGCAUCACUUGUUCUGUGUAACUUAAUCUCAGCCUAUCACAAAUAUUAUGAUUGCAUAGUUAUUAAUUGAAUUAUUUUUUUUAUUUAUUAAUUCAUUGUGGACUGUGUGAAAACACUGUGUAUUUGUAGAUGACCAAAAAUUCAUUAUUUUCCCCAAUUAGCCUAAAACAAAUAUAAAGGUUCAAAAAAUGAUUUUGUACAUAACAUCUCAACAUUUUCUUGUGGUUUUAUAGUAAUAUUUGAUAUUUAUAGCGUAGUUUUAAGCAUUUAGAUUAAACGAAUGAUAUUUUGUUGCUUUAUCUGUCUAUUUAUUGCCAGAUUUCAAAUUUACAGAAAAAAAAAACUAACA